UUCGCUACCCCUUGGUGACGUGAACCAGUGAAACCCUCCCCGUGUUAUUACGCUCCUUCUCGUCUUCUUCAGGAGGAAGCAACAUGCAGAACUUCCUCACCACUUCCGUAUUCCGAGAAAUCGAAAAUUAUUUACAUCCUAGUUAUCCUUUUAAUCUUUCUAUAAACAUUUGAGAUGAAAUUCCACGUCAAUUUUUUUCCAAAAAAAAAAUGGCAGGCCAGAGGAAUCAGAUUUAGCUCAAAACUAAUACCGAACUGUUAACAGUCAGUUUUCACUGACAAAUAACUUAAUCCUGAUUAACAUUUCUCAAAUACUUCACAGUCUAUAAAAGUCUAAAUUGUUUCACCAGCAUAUCUCAGUCUCAAAAAUUUUCCUUCACAGCCGUUUUGUUUUUUAAUUCCAGUUCCCACAUCGCAUCCAAUGUGUGUGGAUUUGUGUGCUUUCAUACUCACAGGCACAGCAUCCCAAACAAUUUAAUUUUCAAGAGCUGAAACGUCACCACACAAACAAUGCAUGACAAAUGACCUUCGAACCAAAUGACGCGUCUGUUGAUACUUGGUUACGCGACGCGAAAUAGACAACAAAAACACAAGAAACAUUAGCAUGAACAUUGUCGCGUGUUUGAACUAUUAUGGCGCAAAGAAAGGAUAGAUUAACGAAGGUAAAUAAAGUGGGAUCAUAAAGAAGGUAGAGACGGAGCUUAUAUAAAAAGCAAGAUGGCGAACUUCGACACAAGGUAUAAUCAUACAAGACAACUCUCACCAAAGGCAUCAAAACUUCAUCGAUCAAUUUUAGAAUCUUUCAACAGUGAAGAUCAAGCUAAAUUUACUGAGAUUUUAGCAAGAUACCAGCAGAAUAAAAGCGUUCAACGUUUAGUGGAAUCCUUACAUCAGAUAUGUAAUACCACACAACAACGGGAGGAAAUCUACCCGUUGAUACGGAGUUUUCUUCCACAUAAACACAAAGAAAGGUUCGAUUAUGAGUGUGGUCGGCCAAGAUCAGCACAUGCCAGACAUUAUGCUACCUACUCGAAGAAACAUUUACCAAAAUAUGGUUACGACACAACACGGAGUUUACCCACAGAUACACGAUAUCGUCGGACUGGGUAUGAACGUAGAACACCAACACCAGACAGUUGUUACACAACUCCACGACCCAGAAGAGAAAGGAAAGAAUCUAACGCAAGAGUUGUUGUCUUAGAGCGAGAGGUUGAGGGGGAAAGCUUUGGGUUCUCUAUACGCGGUGGAUCAGAAUAUAACAUCGGUUUGUUUGUUUCGUCUGUCGAUGAAGGACAUCUUGCACAUGCCGCAGGAAUUUCUUUAGGCGAUCAAAUAUUAGAAGUGAAUAGAGUAGACUUUAGGAACAUUUCUCAUCAUGAGGCGGUGCAGAUAUUCCAAGAUGCAACUAUUUUACAUAUGUUAGUGAAAUCAGUGGGUAAGAUUCCUGGAAGUUUCAAGUCAAGUUCAUCAUACAGAUGGAUUGAUCCACGUGGAAAUGAGGUUUCUCCUCCAUCACAAUAUGCAAACAUGAUGAAUGGAGAUAAAAGUGAAAUGAGGUUAUUGGGUGAUGAUGAUGAACGAAAGGUAAACUUGUUUAUCGCAGAUGGUGCAGAAAUAGGUUUAAAGAUUCGGGGUGGUAUGGAACAUGGUUUGGGAAUAUUUAUUGCAUCUGUUGAACCAAACUCAGGAGCAGAUAGAGCUGGGAUUCAGGUGGGUGAUCAAAUCUUGGAUGUAAACGGCACAAGUUUCAUUCACAUUUCCCAUGAAGAAGCCGUACGAGUGCUCAAAAGUUCACAACAACUUGUUAUCAUGUUAAAAGAUAUAGGAAUCCUGCCUCAUGGCAAGCGAGUUUACGACGAAACUAGAUGGAUUCGUGAUGCGGAAACUAAAGAUUCUUCAAGGCCAUCCUCUUCAAGUUCCACUGAUAGAAAAUCAAAGACUAUGAAAAAGACUCCUUCAUUUCACGACCCGAUGGGCAGCUCUCAGUUGACCCAUCACUCAGUUUUGGAUCAUAGCGAUGAAAUAUUGGAAAUGAAAGCACGUCAGUUGUUACCCGGCGAUGAUUUGCACGCCUUUGAAUUUUACCUUGAUGAGUACAGAACAAACCGUCUCUCCUUAACAGCAUUCUUGACUGUUUUGUCAGAUCUUCUAAACACGCCAGAAAAGGGUUCGCUUUUCCGAGAAAUUCGUUUAGCAAUACUUCCUCGCGACUUGGCGAAGUUUGAUGACUGGACGGAAAAAUUUGAACACUCACAACAUACUUACAAUACUGACAGAAGACAAACAAAACACGAUAGACUGUCACUGUAUUCAUAUAAAAGUUCUGAUUCAUCAACAACAACGAAUUCGUGGCUAGGUUUAUUUGAGAGCCGUGAAGGACAAAGUACGAAGAAAAAUUUAAAAAUUCGUCAUAAAGAAGACGCUCUACCGCAUCCACCUAAAGAUUUUUUCGACGAUUCUUUUGAUUUGAAUAGUACGGCUCGUAAUUCUUCGUCUAACCCUAACGCCGAGACUACGUCAUCUGGACAUUUACCCAAUUGUUUCACUGAUAAAAAAGCGGAUAUGAACGAAGCUGUGAGGGGAAAGAGUAGACAGUUAACUUCAAAUGGAUUCCCCAUCGGAAACGUAAGCUACGAUGACGAUGAUUUAUACACAAGUGUUGAUCAAAACGUCUCCAACAACAUAUCCAAAAAAGAAAAGGUCAAAAGUGCAUUACUGAAUGGUGACACGUCGGAUGGUUUGUACUCUUCUGUGGAUAAUUCCGAGUAUGAUAGGAAACAUGAGGAUUCACGUGCCAACAAUAGAUACAUGAGUAACGGCUGUUCAAUUAGCAUUGGUAAUCCCCAAACGACAGGCGUUGUUGUACACAAUAGACUUGGAAAUGCUUCGAAAACUAAAGAUUCAAUGCAGAAUAACCAAGAGAAUGUAGCUAUCUAUGCUACUGUGGAUAAAUCAAAAAUUCAACCAAAACAGACUCACGAUUUUGUCAAAGAAAAUGAAUUUGAAACUCCUCCUCCUCCUGUACCGGACAAACUAUUUCUUGAUGCGGAAGAUUUUGAGGACGACAUUCCUAAUAUUGGACCAGAGUGUAAGGGAAUGGAUUUGAAUAAUAUUGAAAUUGAAGUGGAAAACGAUUUUGUUUCGUUCGGAACUAGCCGAUUGGAUAACAUGGGCAAGCUUCCAAAAAAUACAGCACUAGACAUGAACAAGGUUCCGAGAAAUACAGCACUAGACGUGAACAAGGUUCCGAGAAAUACAGCAGCAGAUAGGAGUCAAGUUCUAAAAAAUGCAAGAGUAGAGACGAACAAAGUUUCCAGAAAUACGGCGGUAGAGACGGACAAGGUUCCGAGAAAUACAGCAGUGGAGACUAACAUUGCAACGUUUUCAGAACGUCUGCACAAGUUCAAUAAAAAAUCGUCUGUCGCGCAAAGCAAUAGAAAAGAACCCGUGCAAAAGAUGAAACAAAAAUCAAAAUCCAACAUUUCUCAGACGGGGGAUUCUGUGGAUUAUAACCAACCAUUUGUUGUCGAACUUACUAAACAUUCAAGUAAUCUGGGUUUGUCAGUGGCUGGAGGAACUGAUACAGACAGCAAAGAAAUAAGAAUAAAAUCGAUAAAGGACGAGGGCACAGUUGCAGGAUCAUGUCCGCUGUUGAAAACUGGUCAAAUAAUUUUAGGUGUUGAUGAAAAAUCGUUGCAAAAUGUUACAAGUGGUAUUGCUGCGAUGGCCAUUAGACAAGCUUUUCACAGUGAUAAAACUGUAUUAAAACUUAUAUUGCAAAACGAUAGUGGGAAUAGCUAAUAAAAUCGUGUAUACUCGA